AUGAUACGCUCUGAAGGACGAAUUGAACAUUUUUCUGUUUCUUCUAAAGCUAAGAAACCUGUACUCCUUCCCGCAAAGCAUCACGUUACAGAUUUGAUCAUCCAAGUACAUCACGAUUCAGCAAACCACACUGGUAUUAAAGGAACACUGAACCGUAUUCGAGAAAGAUAUUGGAUCCUACGUGGAAGGCAAGCAGUCAAGCGAGUGACUUGUAAAAGAUUAGAAGGGAAGCCGUACCCUAAGCCCAAGACUCCACACCUACCAUCUUGGCGAACAAGUGACGACCCUCCCUUUAGUUACACAGGAGUGGAUUUCGCUGGACCCCCCAAUGUCAAAGAGAACUCAAAGUGUGGUCAACAAUCAACAAAAAAAGUCAUACAUCGCUCUAUGUACUUGUCCGUCAACACGUGGAAUUCAUGUAGAACUUGAUCUUGAUCGAGAUUGAGUCAAUAUUAAACAAUCGUCCAAUUACGUACAUAUAUGAUGAUGAAGAAGGGAUAUCGUACCCCCUUACGCCAUCCUGUCUACUUUAUGGACAGAGUACGAAAACUACGCCAAACGACAGACAGUUCGAGAUAGUGAGCACAAACGAGUCUUUCACAAGACGAGCUCAACAUCACAAAACUCUACUAUUCUAGACGAGAAUAUCUGCUAAGCAUUCGUGAAGCAGCGAGCUCGUGUAACAACGGUACAAGAGACGUAAUUGCCGAAGGAGACAUUGUAAUUUUGAAGAACGAGAGCACGAAACCGUCAUUUUGGAAAAUAGCGAAAGAGCUGAUUCGAAGUAUUGACGGUGUUGUAAGAUCAGCAAAGAUUCGAGUGUUAAAGAGUGAGACUCGAAAGCCUAUCAUCAUAAGAAGACCUAUACAACAUUUAAUCCCAUUGGAAACUCGCUCGAAAUUCGGUAACGAAGAUGAAGAAGAACUAGUUGAUGUGAAUGAUGAAUCACCCGGAACACAAGAUCUCAGUACAGAACCAUUAAAGACAGAUUACGCAACAUUACUUUAA